CUUCUGUCAACAGCAACGCCGCUUUUCCGGCCUUGAACUACAUUUCCCUUAAGGCUUUGCUGGUCAGCUCUCUGUCCCACACGAACUUGGCUGCCUCUUCCAGUGAUUAUGGGGCUCUCAGGGUGAGUCGUCCUGCUUUAGAAGAAAAUCAGCUCAAGCCUGGUGGGAGGUUUGGAGCAGGGACUUCGUCUUUGAAGCUCCGCCGGGCGCAGUGUCAAACGACCAAACUCAGGCUCGGAGGUACGAGGACGCCAUCUUAUCUGUGUCUGGUCUGGCUCUGGACUACGUUUCCCAGAGGCCACCGUGGCCCGACGUUACGUCUUUCUUGACGUCGUGGCGAGAUCGUUAGCUCCACAGGGACCCGGACGCGACCAAGGGGAGGCAGAAGGCUCGACUAUAGCACACGUGAAUAUAGUUACCAAAUCAAGAAGUUUGCAACUAUUAGGAGCUGACAAAGCAAAAACAAAAGCCAUUCUGUGAAACUAUAACUGUUUUUAGAAUAUUCUAAGCUAUUAUUUCAUGUUCAAGGGAAGAUUGUUUUAAAAAAAAAAGAUGCUGAAUAUUGCCUAAGAAUGUAUGUAUCUCUCCUUGUAAUGAUUUUGGUUGAUGUUUAUACUGGAAAAAUGUAUGUUUACAUCCUUAAAAUUUAGUACAACAUGAAAGAUUUCACACAAUGUGAAAAAUCCCUUUGAGGUGUAUAGAGUUGGAAAUGAACCAGUUCUGUUCUAUUAUUUCUGAAGCUUCCUCUGACUUUUUAAAAAAUUGUUCUUUCUCGCAUCAACCACAGGCCAGAAUCUGAAUUUUUAUAUCGUCAGAAUAUAGCUGAAUUAGAUUAUUAGUUAGGACAGGCUGUUAUGCUGUAGUAGCAAACAACCCCCAAAUCUCAGUGGCUAACAAAAUAACUUAUUAACUUGAUCAUGCUACAUGUCUAAUGUGCAUCAGUAUAGGCAGGGUCCCAGACCAAAGCAGACUCAAUCAACCUAUAGCUGUACCAUCUGACACAUAGUCCCCUUGGCCACCACAUCAGGGAAUAGAAAGACUGGAGAAUUGUGCAGUCUUGCCAGUGCCUCAGAUUGAAGGAACACACAUCACCUUAGCUCAGAUUCCAUUGGCCAAAACCAGUUUAUGGCCCUACCUGACUGCAAGGGUCAGGAAAAUGCCAUCUAUAUGCCCCAAAGGAGAGGAAAACAGGAUAAUGGUGAAACAGUAGUAAUUCAGUUAAUGUCUACCACACUGGCUAAGACCCAUUUCUUUUUCUGUGUGUAGGAAGUUGCUUCUGUAAAUUAAGUGUGACUUCUUUUUGGAGCAAGGAGGAUAUCCUGGAUUGAGGAUUGACAAAGAAGUCUGUGCACAGGACUCUGCCUUUGUCCAAGAGAAGAAUCUAAAGAAAUCAGAGCAGCUCAGGUAGUUCUAAAAGCCAUGGCACAGGGAUUCGUAACAUUCAGGGAUGUGGCCAUAGAGUUCUCUCAGGAAGAAUGGAAGUGCCUAGAACCUGCCCAGAGAGACUUAUACAGGGAUGUGACUCUGGAGAACUUCAGUAACUUGGUCUCACUAGGACUUUCCAUUUCUAAGCCUGAUGUCAUUUCCUUAUUGGAGCAAGGGAGAGAACCCUGGAUGAUUACAAAUGAUAUGACAGGACCAUGGUGUCCAGAGCUGGAGUCCAGGUGUGAAAAAUUUCCACGAAAAGAUAUCUCUGAAAUAGAGUCAUUCAGUUGGGAGAUAAUGGAAAGCCUUAAAUGCUGUGAUUUUGAUGGCUCUAGUUUGAGAGAUGGCUGGGAAUACAAAGGCCAAUUUGAAAGACAACAAGUAACUCAGGAAUGCUGUUUCAAGCAAGUAAAAGUCAUGUAUGAAAACAUGCCCGCUUUUGAGCACCGUACAUCCCUCACUUUACAUCAGAACAAUGAGAUUGGUGAGAAACUGAUUGAAUGUAAUGAAUGUGGAAAAGCAUUUAGCCGUGGCUCACACCUUAUUCAGCAUCAGAAAACUCACACUGGUGAAAAACCCUUUGAAUGUAAGGAAUGUGGGAAGGCCUUUAGUCGUGCCUCACACCUUGUUCAACAUCAGAGAAUUCAUACAGGUGAGAAACCUUAUGACUGUAAGGAAUGUGGGAAGGCUUUUGGCCGUACUUCAGAACUUAUUCUACAUCAAAGACUUCAUACUGGUGUCAAACCCUAUGAAUGUAAAGAAUGUGGAAAGACCUUUAGACAGCAUUCACAACUUAUUCUGCAUCAAAGAACUCACACAGGUGAGAAACCCUAUGUAUGUAAAGACUGUGGGAAGGCUUUUAUUCGUGGCUCACAACUUACUGUUCAUCGGAGAAUUCAUACAGGUGCUAGACCCUAUCAAUGUAAAGAAUGUGGGAAAGCCUUUAGACAGCAUUCACAGCUUACUGUCCACCAGAGGAUUCAUACCGGUGAGAAACCCUAUGAGUGUAAGGAAUGUGGGAAGGGCUUUAUUCAUAGCUCAGAAGUUACUCGACAUCAAAGAAUUCAUUCUGGGGAGAAACCCUACGAAUGUAAGGAAUGUGGGAAGGCCUUUAGACAACACGCACAGCUUACACGACAUCAGAGAGUUCAUACUGGUGACAGACCUUAUGAAUGUAAGGACUGUGGGAAGGCAUUUAGUCGUAGUUCAUACCUUAUUCAACAUCAGAGAAUUCAUACAGGUGACAAACCCUAUGAAUGUAAGGAAUGUGGGAAAGCCUUUAUUCGUGUUUCACAACUGACCCAUCAUCAGCGAAUUCAUACUUGUGAGAAACCCUAUCAAUGUAGGGAAUGUGGAAUGGCCUUUAUUCGUAGUUCACAACUUACUGAACAUCAGAGAAUUCAUCCUGGGAUCAAACCUUAUGAAUGUAGAGAAUGUGGGCAGGCCUUUAUUCUUGGCUCACAGCUCAUUGAACACUAUAGAAUCCAUACUGGUUAGAAAGCCUUGAAUGUUAGGGGUGUAGGAGCCUUUACCUGGCGUUCACACCUGACUCGAUAUUAGAUAAUGUGUAUGUAAUGUAAUUAAUGUGAAAACCUUCACUUGUCACUAACAUUAUGGAACAUCAGAUAACUCAUAGCAGAAGAAAAUUCAAUAAAUGUGGGAAUUCUUUUUGCCUCACUCACUGCUUACCAAGCAUCGGAAAAUUUUAGGCUGAAAAAAUAUUAAUAUGAAUAUAGAAAACCUUUCUAUCACCACUCAAAAUGUGUUAAAUUUCUGAGAAUUCCUAAUAUUAAGAUACUUUGUGAAUGUGCCUUUUACCAUGACAUACAUCUUACUUAACAUUAUCUCAGCUCCACCAGUUACCGACUGUAUAGCAUUGGACUAAUAAUGCAGUCUUCCUGUUCCUCAGUUUGUUUUUAAGCAGUGAUCAUUAUACUUUUUUUUUAAGAUUUUAUUUAUCUAUUUGACAGAGAGAGACACAGCAAGAGCAGGAACAGAAGCAGCGGAAAUGGGAGAGCAGGUUUUC